ACACUUCAGAAGCAGGUAGAUAAAUAAUUUCACUGCAUAAUCGAAUUAUCACGAAAAUAUGAAAAUUUUUACUAUCUUCGCCGUUAUAUUUGCCUGUGCCCAUGGUCUUGGUGAAGACUGUAAUGGUAGCUGGGGUAGUUGCCAAGACUAUCAAAAUUGUCAUACUGGGUCGACCAUAACUGGGCAAUGUGCUGGGCCAUGGAAUAUCCAGUGCUGUCCUAAAGUAGGUCAGUCUUGUAAAAGCAAUACUGGUAACUGCAUGCUUACAAGCCAUUGCAGUGGAACAACUUACGCGGGUUAUUGCCCUGGCCCGUCCAAUGUCAAGUGUUGUACUGGUGGAAGCAGCGGAGGUUGUCCUCUGACAAAGUACACAGGAUCUAAGAUAAUCGGUUCAACAUGCACCGUUGAAGUUGGUUUCGUGCCACAAAUGGACAAAAUUAAUAGUUGGGCUUCAUCUUGUAAUGUACAGGUAUACAUCACAAGCUCAUAUCGUGCGAACGCUGACGUCAGUGGUGCUAUUGUGCAACCGGCUUCUCGCAGUAAUCAUAUGAUUGGCCACGCAAUUGACAUGAAUGUGGUGGAUGGAGCUACUGGUGUGUUUUGUAAUAGCAACUGCUUACGAUCUUUGAGUACUGCUCCAUCAGGGGUAAAGUGCUUCAUAAACAAAGUACAAGCCGAUUCUGUGCUUCGAUGGGGAAUGUCUUUCAAUGAUCCUGUACAUAUCGACGAGCCGAUCAAUAUUAAUUACCCCAGUCGAUGGGAUCAAUUGUAUUGGGCAACACAAGGUGCAUGUGUUUCUAAGUAAGGUUCAUUUUUCACCGAGUACUGUGCUUCUUUUAAGAAGAAUGGACGCUGCGCUGAUCCUAUUGAUUCAUGAAGUGAUUGAACCUUAACUUGCUUCACGGUAGUGUGUGUGUAGUACAGUAUACUAGUUGAUUAAUUUAAAUUUUGCCAUAUCCAAUUUAGGCUGAAAGGUUGCAAUUUUUUGUUGAGUUGUCCCUGGCAUAGUACUAAUAGUACGCUAAGUACCGGUAGAUUAAAUGGUGAAAUAUGUUACUGCCAUGAAAUAUUGAUCGUGAACUAUUUGCUAGUCAAUAAAGUGUUUAUCUUUAUGAAGCGU